UGUGAGCAACGCUGACCUCUGAGGAUCUGACAAAUUGAUGUGAAGCAGCUGAUGCACAAGGACACCAAUGGCAACCGAGCAUGCUCAGAGCGUGCAAGAGGGAGUGAAGCAGCAGAAAGGGGGCACUAGGUGGUCCAGUACACUGUCAGCACACAGCACAAGUGAGAAGGGGAGUGAGAUCUUGAGGUGAAGGCUUACCUUUCUCUCAGGGAGACUUGAAUGUAUUUUGAUCACGCUGUGCAAGGGGCAGGGUAGCUCUUUCAUUGUUCAGGCAGCCAGUGCAGUAAAUCAGAGUGGCAGUGUACUGUGUAUACAUAUAGUGUAAGCUUCAGGAGAUUGCAGAUAGCCAGAGUGGGAGCAGAUGCUGUUCAUUAAUAUGCUGCUCUGGCUGAGUCUGUAGCUUGGAAAAUGAAAGCCCAUCCCCUGAUGUUUGCCGUGUAUCUGCUGUGAUGCGAGGGUCCAACUGCAAGAUGAACAUUGCUGCUGUGUUGAACGGGCUGCUGGUGUCUGUUCUGGCGGCAGUGCUGUGGAAGUAUGCCAAGCUACAAGAGCAUACCUAUUCAGUGGAGGAGGAGCUGCUCCUGACGCAGCAGUCCCAGGAGCUGUCUCAGGUCCGCAUCGACUACCACGCCGCCCUGCAGUCCCUCCAGGAGGAGGGAACCCGCAUGGUGUGCACGGGCAAGAUGCACACUGACCGUAUCUGCCGCUUCGACUACCUCUGCUACUCCACCGAGGCCGAAGAGUUUGUCUUUUUCCACAGCAACUCCUCGGUCAUGCUGCCCAACCUGGGAUCAAGGAGGUUCCAGCCUGCCCUCCUUGACCUCUCCUCUGUAGAGGACCACAACACCCAGUACUUUAACUUUCUGGAGCUGCCUGCAGCUGCCCUCAAGUUCAUGCCCAAGCCUGUGUUUGUGCCCGAUGUGACUCUUAUCCUGAACCGAUUCAACCCGGACAACCUAAUGCAUAUAUUUCAUGAUGACCUUCUCCCUAUUUACUACACCAUGCUGCUGUAUCCAGAUCUGGACCAGGAUGCCCGCUUGGUCUUCAUGGAAGGCUGGAAUGAGGGUUUGCACUUUGACCUCUAUCGUUUAAUGAGCAACAAGCAGCCCCUCCUGAAAGAGCAGCUGAAGAACUUUGGCAAGCUCCUGUGCUUCACCAAGUCGUAUGUGGGGUUAUCUAAAAUGACCACCUGGUACCAGUAUGGUUUUGUUCAACCCCAGGGCGCCAAAGCCAACAUACUGGUGUCGGGUUUGGAAAUCAGACAGUUCACUAGGUUCCUGAUGGAGAAACUGAAUGUGAGCAUGGAAGAAAGCUCCAGUGGCGAAGAGUACAUUGUAGUUUUCAGUCGUACAGUAAAUAGACUGAUUCUUAAUGAAGCAGAGAUUAUUUUAGCCCUCGCACAAGAGUUCCAGAUGAAGACAGUCACUGUUUCUUUGGAUGACCAUUCCUUUGCAGAUAUUGUGCAGAUCAUCAGCAGGGCGUCAAUGUUAGUCAGCAUGCACGGGGCCCAACUUAUUACAUCGGUCUUCCUGCCUAGAGGAGCUGUAGUUGUUGAGAUUUUCCCAUACGCUGUUAACCCAGACCACUACACCCCAUACAAAACUCUGGCCUCUUUGCCUGGCAUUGACCUGCAGUACGUGGCCUGGCAGAACACCAAUGAGGAGAAUUCAGUGGCCUUCCCAGAUAGACCCUGGGAUCAAGGUGGCAUAGCCCACCUGGAGAAAGCUGAGCAGGAGCGCAUUAUGAAAAGCAAGGAAGUCCCUCAGCACCUGUGUUGCCGCAACCCAGAAUGGCUUUUCCGCAUCUAUCAGGACACAAAAGUAGAUAUCCCCUCGCUCAUUGAAGCCAUUAGGCAGACGGUUAAGACCAAGCUGAACCUGAAGAAGGCGAAGCCAGCCAUUGUUGUCCACCCUGGCAAAGUGAGGGAUCCCAAAUGCCAGGCAUCCAUCCAGGGCACCAGUGAAGCCAGACUGACAGUUUCCUGGCAGAUUCCUUGGAACCUGAAGUACCUGAAGGUGCGGGAAGUGAAGUACGAGGUGUGGAUACAAGAACAAGGGGAGAACACAUACAUGCCUUAUAUCCUGCCACACCAGAACUACACCUUUUCAGAGAACAUCAAGCCUUUCACCACGUACCUAGUAUGGAUACGUUGCUUUUUCAACAAAACCCUUCUGGGACCCUUUGCAGACGUGUUGGUCUGUAGAACAUAACUUUUAAUUACAGCUGUGGUCAUGUAAGGGUUAGAUCGUGACUUGUUCCAGACAACCGUUACCUCGGAAAGGUUUGAAAAGGACUUGAUAGAAAGCUCUUUAUGAUUACUAAAGUCUGAAUUUGUCAUUCAGCAGUGAUCUCAAACCAUUUGUUUUAUGGAUGGGACAAAGGCACCCCAGUGCACAUUGGUCAUUCGCAUCUGAACACCAGCCAGCAACACAGACAAAGAUCAAAGUCAAUUAGGGAAUAUAAUUAUUUAUAUAUAUUUGAUUUCUGUUUUCUGGUGUCCAUGUGAUCUGUUCAUUAAGUGAUACCAAAAAAAACAUUUUUAGAAAGAAAACAAAUUGGACAGCUGGACAUAGUGUAUGAUUUGGUAGUAUGAUUUCUUGUGUAAAUGCUGCCAAAUUGAUCCUGAAGUGUAAUUAAAAGCUGAUGUUUCAUAAAUAUGAUUUUCCUUCCUGAAAAGGGUUUUUUAAAAUGUUUUAUAUUUUUAAAAAAGCAAAGACUUCCAUGUAUAUGUGUGUGUGUGUGUGUGUGUGUGCAGAUGACUGGAUGUAGUAUAAUGCCGAUAUUUUGUAAAGCAGUUUGCAGUGCAGUAGGAUUUUAUAUUUGGAUUACAAUGGGAUUAUCAUUGUGUAGUGAUUUAAUGUAUGCUUUUCUCAUCAUGGUGCCAACCCACACACGUAUUACUGUAAAGAGAAGGUGGGGGAAAAAUGUAGGAAUGUAAUUUGUUUCAGCAAAUAAUCUCUUCAGGUUUUAAUACAUCAACCCAGUGUCCAGUGUAUUUGACAUUGAGAAAAUGGACAUGAAAUAGGCGUGGGAACAUUCCCAGUGUAUGAAAGUGUUAAAAGCCACUGUGGUAGAAGAAAACCAAAUGUGUGUUCUUAACAGCAGCAGCGAAUUGAGAAGCUGAGCAGUACACCUGCUUUAAGCAGAAUUAACUGCAGAGCUGUAAUUACUAUUAUUAUUAUUCUAGAGAAAACAAACACAUGAGUUUGUCUUACUACACAUUUGAGUGAUGCUAUGUAGGUUCUGUUUUUUUUUUUUAUUAUUUACUGUUAUUACAAUGCUAUUUUCACAAAUUAACAGCAUUCAAUACAAACUUAAUUGUCUUUGACUUCUACACCGAAGUUGAGAGCAUAUCCUGGGAAUUAUUAGAAAGAUGCUCAGUCUGCUUACUCGCUCAUGUUAUAAAAGCCUUGGUAGCCUUGAAGAAAAACUAGAUUCAGAGCGUGUUGCUCUUUGGGUGCACUGUGCUGGAGUGAGCACACAAAGCAGUGAGUAACACACACCUUAAAAAAGAGAUUUCUUUUGAUUGGUGCGAUACAGAUAAAAGCAGAGAUACAAUCUGGAGAGGGCUGAGCAUGGUAUGUAAGCUAAUUAAAGGGGAUAAAUGGCCUUGGAAUAGCACUGCUUAAGUCAUGAAGGUUCCCUUUAUCAUUUUGAAUUUAAAAGACAACCGUUCGUAGCAGCAAUAACGGUUGUGGAACAGCUUUUUUUCAGCGCUGUUAGAAAUUUAAAUGGCUCGCUUACGCCUGGCUUUGGAGGUUACAUAAGAAUGUACCCCCUCCCCCCAUGCUAAGUUAAAAACCUAUAUGUUGUUUUUUGAGUUUUUUUACAGUAACAAUGAAAAUCCUUGAUUAAAUAACUUGGGCGGUUCAUUUAAAUAUUUGAGGGUUGUAUCAGAUACAGCCAGAUUAUUAUUUAACCCUAAAUUUGAUGAAGAAAUAUACUGUAGCUAUUUCAUUGUCCUAUGUGUUGGUUAAUAACUGUAUAAAAUAUAAUUUAAAGUGAUUAUAUGUGAUUAAAUUAAAGUAUACUUACAAUGGUACAAAUUCUUCAAAAUCAAAAAAUAUAAGUGGCUUAAUAAAAGCUAAAUUAGCUUGCAAGUUAGUGAAUCCUGAAAGCACUAGUGUGUUGAACUUAACUAUCUGUGAAGUGUUCUCUGCACUGCCGUUUUCUAUUUUUCUGUUCAUAAGAAAGUAAUCUUUGUUUCAUUUUAAACACUGAUGCAGAAGGAUCAUCCCCAGCAUAGUUAAAUCAAAACCUGUGGUUUUAGAUAGUCGUUGAUAUCAUGAAAAACUAGGCACAGUUCUAUUAAGAAGUGAUGUCACUGAAAUAAGAUGAUGCAGUCUUUGCUUGGUUACCAGAUUUCUAUUUAAAUUAAAUUCCAUUUGUUGGUUUAAAGGUGGAACUGUGCAUGGUGUGAAUUCAACUGUUUUAACUGAAUGAAUACAAUAUUAUCUAGCUGAAAGUGACCCUUUUAUAUCUGCAGAAAAUCAAAAUCAGAACCAUUUAAGUUUAUUGACGAAAGACACCAUAAAGUGGUUGUAUGUAUUGUGAGUCUUACAGAACUAGUUUGAACACUAGCCACCAAGUAGUAUUGGGACAGCCUUGGUACUUGCUGGAAGGUGAUGUGUCUUCAUCCCCAGAGUGGGGUGACAAUGGUGAGUGAAUGAUUUCCUUGUUCUAUUUUAAAUACUAUGUUGUAAAGACUAAAAUUGAAAGAAACAAUUCAAGUCAAGACAAACAUUUGUGCUUUUGUUCUGCAUUAGCCAACCAUAAAAGUAAAUGUAUUUUUCAAACAAAGUAUUUUGCUUAACGUUCAAUCGAAUAUCU